CAUCGACUCAAAAGCAGCUUGCCCGCCGCUCUCGCACGCCUGGUUACGCACUCCACGAGCUAUCGAUUGGAGCCAUGCGCAGCGCUGCGACGACGCCGCACGAUUCCACUCGUCCUGGCAGGAGCUCCAUGUUGCCCAGCCUGCUGCUCCUCGCGACGACGAGCGCCCUCGUCCUGCCGCCACGAGCAGCACCGACGCACACAAAACUCCGAGCAGCGGUCCUCGACCCCUUGAAUGCGGAGGACCUCGGGGAUAGUGCCACGGUCCCGGAGCUCGCCGAGGCCGUCGCGCACAAGGGCGCCGCGGACGUCACCGCGUUAUCCUUACUGGAAGAGAUCCGGGGCCUGAAGUUCUUUUCGCUCUACUCCAUUGAUCUACUCGCAAAUUGCGCGUAUUUGGGCGGGGCGCCCGAAGAGUGCGAAUUCGACGCAUGUGAGGUCCUACCGGUCGACCCCGUGCCUCUGCACCUCAUGGAGCGCGACCGGAAGGAGCGGGGUUUCGAAUUGGAUGCCUGGGCGCGCUUCGACCUGCCUUCUGAAGAUUAUUAUGAUUUGGAGGAGUAUCCCGAGGGCUAUACUGGUUAUGAUGGGAGUAGCGUGUGGAAGUUUUUGUACGAGAACCUAACCUUCGGCAAGGAAGCGAUCGAGGAAGAAAACGACCCGAACGGCUGGCACAACGUCUUCGACAGAGCUGUCAGUGGGUUGCAUGCGUCGAUCGCGUGCCACGUCGUCGACGACUACUCGGGUCCGCGGGCCAGUGUCUGACGCGUCACCGCGACCGCCCGCGCUCCACGCCAUCGCCGCAACCCAUCCCCGCGCAGACGACGACGACGAGUGCGCCGCGGAAUACAAGAGGCGUAUUGCUUGCGAUCCGGAACGACUGUCGAACCUGCGCUUCGCCUUCGCGAUCGUAUUAGCUGGAGUGAGGGAGUCGAAACAGGCGAUGCAAAAAACCCGUUUUGACGAGGAUGCGAAGAUCGACGCGUCGACGCGGGAACUCGUCCAGGGCUUGUUUGACGACCACUCCUUCAUGGACGGCGAGAACAUCAAGCGGGUCGCGCCGUUACUGCGAGCCGCGGCAGCCCAAGCGUCGGAGUGCUCCGUGUUGACCAAUGAGGACGACGACGAGUGGCUCGAGGAGACGGGCGUCUGGCAGGUGCGGCAGCGCUCUCGAGCGGUAUUGCGCCUCUUCGACUGCGUGCAGUGCGGCGCGUGCCGCAUCCACGGCAAGGUGGCUUGGUUCGGGGUCGCGACGGCUCUGAAACUCAUCUACUCGGACGCGUCGACGCGGCCACUCUGUCGGGUGGAAGUGGCGGCUCUGUUGACGACUCUCGCAAAGCUAGCAACAGCGGUACGCUUCGCGGAGGAGAUGGAGGAGAUAUGUUGCGAGCAGGCGGCGGCGUAAGUGUUAUUAUGGUA